AUGUUGAAAGCUCCGGACUUUGACCGCAAGAUGCUGCUGGUAGCCACGCAGAUUUCCCACCAGUCGGAGAUGAAACCUGUUCUUCUCGUCGUGCUUGAAAGUCUUCUCAAGACCCUGAACAUUGGUUCCAAUGGGGAGGUUGUUGUUGAAGCUAUGACACUCAUGCGGUGCAUUGUUAAACUAGUUCUCAAUCUUCUUCUUGAGCCCGCAGCAAACAAGCCUGUUCUGAUUGACACCGUGGUAAAACAAUUCCGCUCAGCCCGCAUCUUGACAGAAGCAGCAGUGUCGCAGAAGGUGGUCCCCCUCGUCUUCAAAGAUAUCUCAUGGCUAUGGCGGACUGCGUAUAAUUGCGCUGUACAAGGGUGCGCCGAAUGGGAAAAUGCAGGAGACGAGAUCUCCGAAUUAUUUGAUAUCGCCAGAGAGUUAUUGGAUUGUUGUUGUCAAGCCUCACCAGUCGAAGCCGAUGCUGGACUAUGUCUCCAUCUUGCCAGUGCCUCUUUCGCCGCGGUUUCUGGACGAGUUUUCUCCGCUCGUGAGGUCAUGGCGACCACGGGAGCCAUUGGUGAUGACCACAUGCGUGCUGUCCUCGCACAGAUAAAAAAAGCGAUGGCUAAGAUCACUGAUAUUUCUCGUCAAAACAAUGUUCAAGACACUCGGGAUAGCGAUCGAAUCCAACAUUUCUUAUAUGCGCUACGUGUUUUCCAAGCAGAGUUCUCGGCGCAUCUGAAAGAUUGGGAGCAGUUAUCACAGGUCAUAGAUGAUAUCGCAAAUUCGGGUCCAUUAGCCUUCGGGACGUACGAGGCUAUUGCUGAUAUCCUAGCGAGUACCCCCUUUUCAAAACCUUACAUUCGGUUCUCAACAGUGUUGUCAAAAUGUUUAGAGGCGAUUCUGCGCGCAAGCCUUCAUCAUAAUUCCCUCUCCGUGGAGAAAUUUUCCCGCUGGUUACGUGCAAUUUGCACGAUCAGCCUUUCUAAGGAUACCACAGCUGACAGACAAAAAGCAAUAGGUUAUUUCGAGCAUGCUGUUACCGUCCUGAAAGAUCAUCACGAGGGAGAAAGCGAGGCUUACCCCAUGGACGAAAGGCAGUGGCUCUUAGCCACAGCAUACAACACCGGCACAGAGUGUCUUCAGUCAGUUUGGAUAUUGGCAAAUACGACUGUGUUCAAAUUUAUCUUCUUUUCCAGCGCAUCGCUAUUUGAAGAAGCAAAGAGAUGGUUUGAAGUGUCGACCGUCAUUUGCCGCUUUGUGCCUGGGGGGAAACAGCGUUCGGAAAAGGUAUGUGCCUCGUGUUUGCAGCAGGCAAAGCCUCCCACAGAACAUUCGUCGAUGAUUUCGACAAUUCAAUCCCCAGAUUUCGGAGACCUACAGUCAUUUAUUAUCUCGAUAUGGGCACCAACUUUCGAGUUCUUCAAUACUCCCAGCUGGUUCUUCGGUUCGGUGACAAAGAAUGUUCCUUGCCGUUCUCUCCAGGCUGCGUCUGUCUGCUGGUCGUUUUCUGGUCAGUCCUCAAAGACUUAA